UUUAGUCUAUGCCGUAAUAAAUAUGACAUUACUCGACAGUUGACUGUAAUGACAGUUACUUGUCAACUUUAGAGUUUACAACGAAAGGAAAAACCAAAAGAAAAAGUUAAUUUUACAUGUCGAAAAUGGCUGCGAGCCGUCGCAAACAAGAUGACAAAAAUUUAGAAAUCUUACGAGAACUUAUAUCAUUAAACGGGAAUAAAUAUUGUUUAGACUGUAAUCAGAGAGGGCCUACGUACGUCAAUACUACAAUUGGUUCCUUUGUGUGCUCAAAAUGUUCGGGAAUGUUGCGCGGGCUCACACCGCCCCAUCGCGUAAAGUCUAUUUCAAUGGCUACUUUUGCACCAGAAGAGAUAGAAUUCAUAAAAGUAAGAGGAAAUGAUUAUUGCCGACGCGUGUGGUUAGGCCUUUACGAGGGUGAAAGUGUGAACUUUACUGAUGAGCAAAGCGUAAAAGAUUUCAUGUCGGAUAAGUAUGAAAAAAAGAGGUAUUAUCUCGAAUCGCCGCUCAAUAUUGCACCAGUCACAAAUGGAAAUUCAUCAUUAAAAAAUAAAAGUAAAGGCAAGUUGGCAAGUAAUGUGGGUGCAGCCACUUCUUUGAUUUCAAUUACACCCCAGUCCACAAAGAUGUCCAGCAAUAAUAAUAAUAAUAUGGUGAAUGUUGCGAAAAUAGUGAGUAAUACAACAACUGCCAGUGAAACCAUGCACAAAUUACCUAGGCCAGUAAACAAUUUUACUCAGUCAAUGGUAAAUAAGAUGCCCUCAGCUCCAGUUGCAGUUCCGAACCAAGUACCUGUACCUGAUUUUCCUGUUGAUUUCUCUACUGCAAACAUUUACAACAGUGCACAGUACAACAGCAGUAUGAACAACAAUAUUUUGACACAACCAUCUUUGAACAACUAUCCAGUUUUUAAUGCAUUUGGUUCCCCUCAAUCUACAUCAAAUGAUCGUUAUGCGGCUUUGGCAGAUUUAGAUUUGGCUUUAAGACAGCAAAAUAUGCAGAACAUGGAUGAGGUUAAAAAUAUGAAUCGUAAUCCAUUUCAAAGUGCUACAACUAGUGAUAUAUUUGCUAAUAAAAACCCAUUCUUUAAUGGAGGUUGGAAUGCAGCAACAUCCCCUAUGCCUGUUAAUCCUUUCAUGCCUGCCAACAAUGGGGCGUAUGUAAAUUCCAAGAAUCCUUUCCUUUGAUAGCAUCAGCACCAACCCUUGGAACAAGGUAAGAACAGAGGAAAAUUAAUGCCAAUAACCAACUGGUGAAGCAUGUGUCUAGACAUAAAUAAGGUAUAGUCACACCUUUGGAAGAAUGUUUUUAACAUGUAACAAAAAAAACUUGUUUCUUUUGCAGUUUGCUUAUGUAUAAUUGUGAAAUAAAUCUAAAAAUUAUAUUACAGUCGAUCCUACUUGGGUUGGUUUGUAUUAUUUUUGGCCAAUGGUGGAUACUGCAGUUUAGUAGUAACAUGCUAUAUAACUGCAAGUUUUGCCAGUUUAAAUUAAUUCUUUAUAUAAUAGCUGUUAAGUUUAGAAAAUUC